AUGAAACUCUUCAUUUCCAUUUUUUGUGCCAUCGCAGCAGUUGCUGCUGAAAAUUAUUGCGAUCCAAAAUUGUGCGAACCCUUUCCAAAUUACAAUCUUGGUCCCCAUAUCGCUUGCCCGGGCAAUUAUCAAAAUAAAUGCAAUGGAAAAGGAAAAGAAGUUCCCAUCACUCCAGAUUUGAAAAAAGCAAUUUUGAAUAAACACAAUGGCUGUCGCAACGAUUUGGCAGGCGGAAGAGUACCGGGAUUCAGUUCUGCUGGUAACAUGCCCGAGAUGACAUGGGAUGAUGAAUUAGCCUUCAUUGCAUCAAAAAAUGCCAUGAAUUGUAAUUUUGAUCACGAUAAAUGCCGUUCUACGAGACGCUUCAAGCAAGCUGGACAAAAUCUUGCGGUUAAAUGGUUAUCAGGUCAAACUAUGGACGAUAAAACGUUCGUUGAGAACGCAAUUGACUCUUGGUGGAAUGAAUAUAAACAAGCUGAUCAAAGCGUUAUUGACAGUUAUCAUAGCAACGGAGCAGUGAUUGGACAUUUCACACAAAUGGCUCAUGAAGAAGCCCACAAAAUUGGAUGCGCCAUCAGUAUGUACCCCGAGUCGAAGGUUAUUUCAGGAAAAAAUUGGGAUGGAAUUACACGCUAUUUGGUCUGCAAUUAUGCCACUACCAAUAUUAGAGAUAGACCAAUUUACAAGAAAGGAAGCCCAACAAGUGCUUGCAAAGGAGGAAGAUCUAAGAAUUAUAGCAAUCUCUGUAACAGCGAAUAA